AUGGAAACAUUAGAUCUCAUAGACACAGCCCCAGUUUUUUACGAACCAGCUCAAAUUUUUUCAACCCUGAUUUUUCUCACAGAAACCCGCCACCUUUUGCUCAAAAAAGGCAAAAUCCUCGGUAGGAGGGUAUUUCGAUACUUUGUAUUUCAUAAUGAAAGCUUAAUUUACUACUUAACCCGAAAAUCAAUUGCCUCGCGAGGCUCAAUAGAUCUCCGCAAAUGUAUAGCAAUUCCGCUUAAAUCUACGCUCUCAGGUUACUCAAAUUCAAUAAAAGUUCUGACAGCGAAUUUCAAUUCUGAAUUUUUUUUAUUCGCAAAAAGUGAAUUUGAAUGCUCGCAGAUGAUGCUUUAUUUAAGGCUUGCUUCUAACGAUCAAAUCAAAAACAUUUUGGACAUUUAUUGCUCAAAUCAGUCAGAAGACGAGCUUAAGCCUUUAAAAGAGUCAGAUUCAUAUAAAUCAACGCAGAUUGAGCCGGUUAUAACAACUAGUAGAAGAACUUUUGCGGGGAUUCUGUCACCGACUUCAGAAGGAGAAUUCGACGCUCCAGAGGAAAAUGCAGCGUUUUCGAUACCUACGUCUAAGGUGGGAUGUGGAAGCCAUAAUGUAUCGAUGAAUGAAAAUUUGAGCAUGAUUGAAGAAGAUGCCGAAGAAAGCUAUAUGAAAUCUACGCACGAGAAAUCAUUGGAAUUUAAAAUACCAAGCAGAGGCAAAAAUGGAUAUGAACUCCCAGAAAUCCAAAGCCCAGAAAAUAUAAGAGAAGCUGGGCUGAAAUACAUGUGAAAUUUCCAAUUAGAAAAUGCGAAAAACUGCUUUUCACUAAUGAAAAACUGUGAUUUAAGAUGUAGCCUACAUUAUGCAGAAGUAAAUUUAUUCCGUGUACUAGUUACAGGCCGAAAAUCUGAUGUCCUACGAAGUAGCGACGCUCUAGCUGAGGUAGAGAGAAUGUAUACAACACUAGCAGACAGCUAUUCAGAAAUUAUUGUAGCAGAAACCAAUUUAUUCAAAAGUAUUCUAUUAUUCGUAAGUGGGCAAAAAUUAAAAGCCUUCAUUUGUAUGAGAAGUGCUUGGAAAUUGUUCAGAAAAUAUGAAAAUUCUUUAUCAACUAUUAAAGACGAAGAUCUCAAGGGCAGGGUGAUUUUUGGACUGGGGCUAUUUAUGCUAAUAGUUUCGCUUGUCCCUUCUUCUAUCUCAACCAUUCUAAAGCUUGCUGGAUUUACGAGUAAUAAAGAGCGUGGAUUGGAGCUUUUAUAUAAGUGCAGAGAAAUGAAAAUUUCCCGUUCUCCAUUUGCAGCACUAAUUUUAGGGCUAUUUUAUAUUGAUAUGGAGCCAGAUAUAGACAAAUCCAAAGCUAUUUUGGAUCAAGGUCUCGCUGAGUUCCCUGGCUGCGUGCUGUUUCAUUGGGUGAAUUCCAUUGUAGCUUGGAAAUUAAAUAAAGUAGACGUCGCUGUUCGGGUACUGCAAGAUGCGCUGCACUGCUGUGGGAAAGAUUUAGAGCCGCUUGCAGCUUUUAUUAAAUAUGAACUAGGGUGGUUUCAUUUUUUACGCAUGGACUGAUAUAGAGCUCGCGAACAAUUUGAGUCUAUUUUGUGUGAUACUUUAUCAUUAAGUUCUGAACUUGAUUCCUUUGUAAAAGAAGCUUUGACUUAUGGCGAUAUUAAUGAAGCAAGAAAACCAGCUUUUGAAGAACUUUUUUUCAGAAGAGUCAGCACAAAGAAAAAAACGAAAACAGGGUGGCUUGAAGGUCCACAAACGCCGUCUCAUAAAGAUAGAGUUUAUAUUCCACACAAGGCUUGCUUAAUUGCUCAGCUUGCUGGCUGUUUAGCUGCUUUAAAAGAUACUAGAGUUACAUUCUGGCUUAAAGUUACCAAGAUUUCUGCAUGCACGCCUUCAGCAUCUCGAACCAAACUUGAUGAAGAAUUUGGCGGACUGGCUCAGGUAUUUUUAUAUCGCCAAUUCACUGAUUUGUUGCCCUUUGAAGUAAUUUACUUUUUAAAGCAGCACACAAAGUUACUUCCUGAUAUGCUGAAUACAAUUUUCGUUACCGCUGAGCACAUUAUCCAAAAAUUGCCCAAAGAGCCAACUGGGUCGUUUUUAGUUGAGUUCUGCUCAGCCAAAAUGCUGCAAAUUAUGGCUCUCUGCUUGAACGGGGACACUGAAGAAGCCUCAGAAAUUUCUGAUGACUUAGUCUUGAAGAUAUCUGGGCUGCCUCCAUGGGGAGUUUAUCUAGCUCCACAUUCAUUGUAUUGGAUAUCUCGGGCUUAUAACGCAGAAUUGAGAUAUGAGGACGCUGUGAACUCGCUGGAAAAGGCAAGGAAAAUAAAGAAGUACCAUUUCAACAUCCGAGGCAAAAUCAGCAGAGUGAUGUAUGAUAUAAAAAAUAAAAUUAGAAAUUAA